GGUUUGUCCAAACCUCCCCCACCCCGAGGGCACAACAAGUGGCGACGAGGCGUAAGUUUUUACGCGGCCGUGAUAACUGUCGGCCAUGGAUUUUUCGGUGGCCCCUGCGCCGUUUUUGCCGGCGGCCGGCGCCGAGCCCGGUACGGCCUGGCCGCGGUGGAUAAGGAUGUUCGAUAACUUCCUGGUGGCCGUGGGCGGCGGCUCAUUUUCAGCUGCGCGCAAGGAGGCCAUCCUUCUCACGUGCCUGGGGGCGGAGGGGCAGCGAAUUUUCGAGUCCCUCCCAGCUGCUGUCAAGCAGGAAGGCGAGGACCAGUACGCCUUCACCAGGCGGCGCCUGGAGGCCCAGUUCGCUCCUCGCCAGAACGUGUGUGUGGAGCGUUACCGUUUCAGGAGCCGGGUGCAGCAAACUGAGGAAACAGUCCAGCAGUGGGUGUCGAUACUGCGCCAGCUGGCCAGCUCCUGUGAAUAUGGUGACAGAACCGACGAGUUCAUAAGGGACCAGGUCAUCGAGCGUACUAACUCUUCCAAGUUGCGACAGCGACUUCUUAUGGAGGGCUCUGACCUGACUUUGGAGCGCACCCUCACCAUCAGUGACACACUUGAGUCGGCUGAACGUGAGGCUCGGGUGAUGGAGACACCAGCUGCUCCAGUCCCUGUUCAGGCUGUCCAGCAGCAGCAGCAGCAGCGUCGGCGGCCUCAGCGUGGUGGGGCCAGGACCCGUGCUGCUGGUCGGGUCUCCACUCAUCAGCAACAGCCUCAGCAGCAGAGGCCGGCAGGGAGUAGCAGUAGCCUGUGCUGGGGGUGCGGGCGUGCUGGACACAGGCGAGGGGACCAGUGUUGCCCUGCUGUCAAUGUGAAGUGCUCCAAAUGUGGGAAAGUGAAUCACUUUGCCCAGCACUGUGUCCAGAAGCGAGUGGUGUCCAGUGUUCAAGUGCUGGCAAUCGGGGCAUCACCAAUGACUCUGACAGCCCAGGUGGAGGGGAGGGAGGUCGUGUUCACGGUAGACUCUGGCUCCCCAGUGUCCCUCCUCCCCAGACACCUGGCACCUGGGGCCCUUGAGCCAGCAGCAGAGCGCCUGUGCUCAUAUGGGGGGAGUGUGUUAGAUGUGUUAGGGGUAAAAAGUGUAAAUGUGUCAUGCAGGGGGGAGUGUCAUGAUGUAACUGUGUAUGUUGUGCCGCAUGGUCGUGCUCUGAUGGGCCUGGACAUGAUGAAACUGUUCAAAGUGUGCAUCAUUGGUGACAGUGUAUGCUCUGUGUCCACAGACCCGUCCUGUCAUGCCAGCCCAGUCCCUUCGCCCGUCGGGCCAGCCGAACCUGCCAGCCCUCACGCCGGUCAACCUGCCUCACCGUCCGGACCUGCCUCUCCGACUGGACCUGUUUCUCCGUCAGGAGAGCAGCCAGCCAUCCUGGGCUACCAACACCGGGUGACCAUCGACCCAGGGGUGGCGCCAGUGCGCCAGCCCCUGCGGAGGCUGCCCUUGGCAGUGCUGGACGAGGAAAUGGUGCUGACCGAAGACUCGGAGAGCUUUGAUCCCUGGAGAGCUCCAACGUCAGAGAUCGAUGUGUUCAUGCAGUUCAUUAUGUUCAACGUCACAAAUCCUGCAGAGGUUAAAAGAGGAGACAAGCCAAUUUUGGAGGAAGUCGGUCCAUUUUCAUACAAGGAGAACCGUCAGCGCAUCAACCUGACGUGGUCGGAGGACGGCACAGAGCUCACCUACUACGAGGUGAUCUCCUACUUCUACGACCAGCCGUCGUCCUCGCCGGACGUCAGCGAGGACACCAUCAUCUCCACCAUCAACGCGCCCAUGGUGGUGCUCGCUGCGAUGGGAGACGAGCUUCCCCUGGGAAAGUCAGUGCUCUUUGGAAUGAUUAACACGUAUGAGAAGGGAGAGAGUUUCAAGCUGUACAAGGCUGGCGAGCUACUCAUGUCCGGUGUCGACGACCCUCUGAUGGCGGCGGUGGCUGCCAGCCCGCUCUCUGUUCUGCUGCCGCCCACCUUCAGCGAUGGAAAAUUCCGGCUCUAUGGGUACAAUAACACCGUAGACGGGCCGUACACGAUCAAGACGGGCAAGGACGACAUCAACCAGUUCACUCGGAUCCUGUCGUACCAGAACGCCUCCGAGCUCAGCUACUGGAGCACUGACUACUGCAACAUGCUGAACGGCACCGACGGCAUCACCUACCCGCCCAACACGGGCGAGGUGGACCGCGUCUACAUCUUCAACAAGGACCUCUGCAGGUCGAUUUACCUCGACUACGAGAAGGACGUGGAGUAUUUCGGCAUCCCUGGCCGCCGGUUCGCGCCCACCAGGGACGUCCUGGAGGACCCCGCCAUCAACGAGGACAACCAGUGCUACUGCGUGGGAGAGUGCCUGAAGGCGGGCGUCAUGUCGCUCAGCCCCUGCCAGUACGGCGCACCCAUCGUGGCCUCCACGCCUCACUUCUAUAUGGGAGCUGAGGAGUACAUCAACCAGUCGAUCGGCCUUUCACCCGAUAAGAAUCGUCACCAGACGUUCAUUGACAUUGAACCGUACACCGGUCUGGCGAUGAAUGGAGGAAAAAAGAUCCAGAUCAACCUGCAAACCAAACGCUACCAAGGGCUUGUUAAAGUCAAAGGACUGGAACACAUCCCUGAAAUGUUGUUCCCCCUAAUCUACACGAACGAGACCGCCACCAUCGACCAGGCCCACGCCGACGAGCUCGACAGCGAGCUGAUGACGCCGCUGAAGAUCCUGACGGGCACCCAGUGGGCGCUGAUAGCCGUCGGCGCGCUGCUCGUGGUCGUGGCCGCCGUGAUGCUGGUCCGUAGCAGGAGCCGCGUGCAGACGGUGUAGCAGCGGAACCAGCGCUCAUGCUGCGCCUCACGUAGCAGGGCCGGUCUCUGACUGACGACCGACACUCGCGCUGUGCAAUGGACGACUCGGCUCAGUGCCGGGACAGAUGGGAACCCUCGGCGGCCCUCUGAGACGGACGCCCGCGCUGACCAAUGUUAACACAGUGGCGCGGAAAGGAGCGCACUGGCCCACCGUGCGCGGCGGCCCGGCCGAGGUCGCCGCACAGUGGGCGGGGCGAGCGGAGAGCCAGUAGGGUGACCCGGUCGCCGAUACCGCGGCACCCCGGCACAGGCCUCGCCUGCGCUGCCCCGUGUCACUGCCGCGCUCACUGGCCUCUGAGCUGUUCUCGUGUGCCAAUGUGCGCUCAUGUAUAAGAUGUGUAUUAUAUGUAGUUAUUGGCUACUUUCGGAGACAUCGCGUAUGUGCCUGAAGUGACUCGCAAUUCACGUGGACUAUAUGGUAUAUAAAUGAUGUUUGCUUGUGGACAAGAAAUGUGUGUUUGCAAUGUCAAUAACACCACUAUCAUAUGCAAAAUAAAGAAAAAUUAUGUAAAUAAACCACGUUGAACAAAAUA